UCGACGUCAAGCGGCCAGAGAGUGAAGAUGUUGUCAGUGACUGUGCUCAUCGCCGGGCUCGCCCUCGCUGCGGGAAUUCCCCAGAGAGACCAGCUGAACAGCUUCUCCGGCACGCAGUCCCUUUGCCCCGAGCCCUAUGGCUACUUCGCGGACCCCAUUCAGUGCGACAAGUACUACGAGUGCAGCGAUGGUGUCCCCACGCCCCUCCUGUGCGAGGACGGAAAAGUCUUCGAUGAGUUCAAGGGCAAGGCUGGCCACGUCGACCCUUGCGAUAUCCCUUACGUUGUUGACUGUGGAGAGCGUUCAUUGAUGCAACCCGCAAGCAACUCCAGCGUCUACUGCCCCCGCCUCCACGGUAUCUUCGCCGACAACCAGUUCUGCGGCAAGUACUACACCUGCAUCGACGGCCAGCACACCGCCACCGAAUGCUCCGCCGGCCUGCACUUCGACAGGAAGACGGGCACCUGCGCUUGGCCUGCCGCAGCUGCAAGGACUAAUUGCGCGGAGGAGAAGAAAUGCAUCGACGACUUCUGCUGCGAAGGUGCCAAGGACUUCACCGACUUCGAGGGCCGCCUUGUGCCCCACCCCGCCUUUGCCAACCUGGCGGACUGCCAGAAGUUCUACGUGUGCCACAACGGCGUCACCCCCCAGGAGGCCUCCUGCAGCCUCGGCCAGGUCUUCAACGACGUCACUAUGAUGUGCGAUUACCCCGAGAAUGUGGACGCCUGCGCUGACUAUUACAAGAACAACCCCCUCUUCGACGUUGUGUAUGACGACGCGGAUGGGGACGGCAGCCCAGAUUUUGGUGUUCGCCGCGACUUUUCGCAAACUUCCAUUAACUAACUGUCAGUCCUCGUCGUUUGGAGAUUAACAUGUCAACUAUAUCGCCAACCUCUGCAUGCUUGUACAUGAUUUCCACUUUGUAUUUUUAAGUUUCUUGAAAUGUCUUCUCCUUCACUGUAGUUUCCACCCAGUCAUUUAUAUUUUCUAAGACGUUUGGAUCCUUUGUAGGACUCCCUGAAUCUAUUGUCCUGCAUGAGGACUGUGAUGUCAUAGCUGGUUGUGAUAUCACUUAACUUCAAUUUGCUCAUCUUCCAUGUACAAAAUAAACCAAAAGAAGGCUUCAAGGUCCCAAAUAUGGGUUUAGUGGCCCAAAAGACAGACACUUUCCGUCCUCAACUUAGCUAAGACAUACUGUUAUACAGUUUUUACAAUAAGCUACACCCACUUGCUCAUCACUCCCGUCCAUGCCUUCUGAUUGGUCGAGAAUAUACUUGCAUGUUUGUAUUCUGCUUUCUCAUUGGAUGAAGCUUAUCCAAUAAACUUUCCCGUUUCUGGGAUGAGACAUAUGAAGGUCGUUGGUGUCAUUCACACCGACAGGGCUUUAACAAAUUUCAAACUGUUCUUUAUACUUCUAAGCCGAGAAACUUUGCUCCUGAGGAAUAUUUGAUGUACUGUACCUAUUUUAUAGGAAAAUAUAUAAAACUCAAAACAA